AUGCUUUUGAGCAAUAUCCUUUUUUCCUUACUGAUCUUGCAUUACUAUGGUGGCGCAGCACACCCACUUGCACCAUUAAACUCCCUGGUCAAGAGAGGAGAAGGUCGCAUUAUUUCCCAAGCCACCCACAUCCCCAAUGAACAAAAGGGUGCAGGAAUUGAGUUGGACUCGGCUCAAGAAUUGGGAAAAUCACACUUGCAUCAAAAUGUUCAACUACCAGAUAAGAGUGUCUCUUUCUUGCUAUUAGUAGACCCUGAGGACCCAGCUGUUAAAAAUGAAAAGACAGCUAGACGAUAUGUAGAGCAUCUAGUUGAUUCAUUACUUCCCGCCUCGCCUCGCCCGCCAGCCCGCUCCGGACACAGUCACCUUCCAAAAUCAACCACGCCCUUGCGCCUCCACCGAAACCGCUCCUUGCAGCUCGUAUCUGCCUCACUUUCUUCUUUACCACUUCACCAUCCAACUCAUCUUCAAGCCCAAUCACACCAAAGCACCCGAAGAGACCAGCACAAGCAGAAACUGAACAUGAAGCAAGCUCAAAAUUCCGAUUUUGACGACAUUUACGGCCCAACAGAUGAUGCACCCGAAGAUAAUUUGUACGCAGAUCUUAUACCAGAGGAUGGGACAAGUAUUCGAGAUCCUACGAGCCCGAGGGCCAAAGACAUCAAGCCUUCGACCAGUGCUAUACUCAGUGCUGAUGGUGGUGGUGGUGGUGGUGGUGGUGGUAGUGGCAGGAAUGAGAGCACGCAUGAUGCGGACACGAAGCCAGACAUCAAGCCUAAGAUCACACCAGCUUCCACUGGCAAUGGCGAGAAUCUGCUACCGAUGCCCCCGGCCUCGGCGUCGUUACCUCCUAACCCGAUGACAGCCAACGGGCAGAACAAGGCCAACGGUGGCACACCCACGGCGAUGAACCAUGCUGGCCCGCCGGUCCCGCAAUCGAUCGGCACCAUCAGUUCUCCCCUCUCGCCCCACAAGCCCCAUCAUGCCCACCAUCUCGGCCACCAUCAUCCCGGUAAUAAUGGUGAUGUCGUCAUGAAUAAUACCGCCCUCUCUCAUCCCCCUCAUGGAAUCCCCUCCGGCGCCCCCGGAGCUAGGAAAGAAAAUGACCGCGGACUCUGUGGUCUUUAUGUUUCCGAACUUCAAUGGUACACCAGCGAUGAAGCUCUACGCAAAGUGGCUGAAAACUUGGGCGUUCGUGUCGCUCAUCGAGAUAUCACAUUCUCGGAACACAAAGUCAAUGGGAAGUCUAAAGGGGUCGCCUAUAUGGAAUUCAGCAAUCAACCUGAUGCUGAGAUCGUUAAAGGAUGGUUUGAUUCCAAUGAGAUAGAUGGGAAGAAGGCGCAAUGUAAUCUGAGCCCGGCGAUGAAUGGGACGCCGUUCCGUAACGCAGAUAAGCAUGGCUUAGGGGGCAACCGAAUGCCAGACGACCGAGAUGGACGAAGCCGUGGCGGCGGAUUCAUCGGCGGGAUGCCGGGCGGACCGAGUGGUCGAGGACGGGGAGAAGACAGUAUGCGACGAGGCGUAGGAGGAGGGAUGAGUCGAGGCGGAGGACCGACGGGAAUGGGAGGCGGGAUGGGCCGAGGGGGGAUGGGCCAUCAGGGAGGGAUGGUAGGUUCAGGAGGCGGGCCGGGAAUGAACGGGAUGGGCGGGAUGGGCCCGAUGGGGUCGAUGAACGGGAUGGGAGGAAUGGGAGGGAUGAUGGGAGGGAUGGGGAUGGGACCGAUGGGCGGAGGGAUGAUGGGCAUGAUGCCGGGCGGAAUGGGGAUGAUGGGCAUGGGCGGGAUGAGCGGAAUGGGGUCGAUGAACGGAAUGAACGGGAUCAAUGGGAUGAUGCCGAUGAUGAUGCCCAUGCCCGGACGCGGCCCGAUGUCCGGCCCCACCGGCCCUCCUGGCGGCCCCAACAACGGCCAUUUCAAUCCCCGAUUCAUCGCCGGCGUCAACCACUCAAUGGGCGGCCCUCAAGCUAGUCUCGGCGGCACCGGUAGCGGCGUCGGUGGGACCGGCGGCGGCGGUAACUUGGAUGACGGAAGAGAAAAACGAAGGAGGACCGAGUACUAA